UGAAGCAGGCGACAUUUGCCGCCAGUUGGCAGUAUAAAUGGCCAGAACUCCGAGCCACAGCUUGCAGUUUUGUUUUUGGCUUCUUCUUGCGCGAUCGUCGUCGAAUUAAACGCUCUUUGGACCACUCUCUGAUUAACCUGAGGUGGUGUGUCUGUGAACUGUGAGCGAGCUGAAAGGAUACCCGUUCAAGGACUACGUUAUGCUGAAGAUUUCCCUGCUGAGCGCCGUGCUCGGCAUCGCCUAUGCUGGUGUGAUUGGCCCCGGACCUUACUAUGGCGGACCGGCUGGCCCCGGACCGUUACACGGCUACGCGCCCUAUGCCCCUCCCCAUGGACCUUUACCUGCCCACUACGCGGCACCCAAGCCCGUCGCCCCAGAGCCCUACGACCCUGACCCGAAAUACUCGUUUGGCUACGACAUCCAGGACGGAUACACAGGAGACCUGAAGUCUCAACACGAGACGCGCCACGGCGAUGUGGUGAAGGGCAGCUACUCGGUGGUGGAUCCGGAUGGCACCAAGCGAACCGUCGACUACACGGCGGAUCCUCACCAUGGCUUUAAUGCGGUAGUGCGCAAGGAGCCACUGGCCUACAAGGCCCCUGCCCAUCUUGCUCCCGUUAUUGCUCCAGCUCCUGCACCCGCUCCCCUACACUUGGCCGGUCCUGCCCCAGCUCCACCUCUGCCACCCGUUCCCAAGGCACCCCUGCUGUCGUAUCCUUUGGCUUUGAGCACUCUUCACCGGGCUGGCCCUGCUCCAGCACCGGCUCCUGCCCCUGUUCCUGCUCCUGCUCCCAUCCCGGUGCCAGUGGCUGCUCCAAUCCUGCCCUCCGCCCACUUCCAUGCCGCCUACCCGGCGCUGGCCCACAGUGCGUAUGCUCACUACCCGGCUCCGGUUCCGGCACCCGCUCCCGUUGACCCCCACGCCUAUUAUCACCACUGACCGCCCUUAGGGCACCCACCGAUCUGAUUUGAUUUGAUUUGAGUUAAUUUGUCUUGUGACUAUUGCACGCAGCUUACACUACUGACCCGAAACUAAAUCUCCGGCUCUUUCCGUGCCAAACAACGCUCCACUCUACUCAACCUCCUUUGCUGUGUUCUUCGAGGGAUUUGAUACCGAUCCAGUAUAUAGAUUGGUUAAGAUACACCUAGCCUAUGUACAUAUCUAUAGCAUAUGUUGUUGAAUGGUUAGUCUAGAUCUAGUAAAAAUAAAACGAUAAUGGAAACAGAA